AUGGGACGUCGGAAUAUCGGGAAUCCAUCACGCAAGACCCACCGGAACUCAAGAAUUGGUUGUGGUAAUUGUAAAAAACGGCAUAUCCGAUGUGAUGAGGCCUUUCCACAAUGUCAAAACUGCACCAGACUGAAUCGGCUUUGCGAUUACUCAGAUACGGUUUUUCUCACCGAGAGGCACGACGGAAGACACCCGGACCUCCUCAUGACUUGGAGAAUAAUGACCGAACUGCGACGAUGGCACAUGACGGGUAUUGCGCCAUUGACUCAUCUGCGGCUUGUUCCUGAAGGUUUCUGGGAUAAAUACACAGGAACUGAUUUAAGGCUUCUGCUUCACGUUACUCGAGUAUCUAUGGAUUUUGAAAGUCGUGGUAUCAGUAACUGCAGCGUCUGGGUGCAGAAAAUGCCCGCGUACGAAGACCAAGUAUGGUUUCCAAAAAUCCGGUCCCCUUGCACACACUGA